AUACAUAACACUCGAAAGCAUCUUAUCGACAAUUUAAUUUUAGCUUUCAAAACCUCCCAUUUUUGAGUGCGGGUUCGUUAAUAAAAUUGGGUCAUUCGAUAAGCCAUGCGGUAUAUUACGAAUACGAUAGUAAAAUUUAGUAAAGUAAAAAAAAAAAAGAUGAAAAAUAAAGGGGAAUUCUUUCCGAGUUUGACCGGAUGUUAACGAUCGGAUGUGUAACAGCAUAAUAAUAAAAAAACAAGAGAGCAGAAAAAAAAAAUAAAAGAAAUAAAGAAAGAGAUAAAUAAAAAGAUAAAAUAGACAAAUGAAAAAUGAAUGCCUGAAAUAUGAAGAUAGUCGUUAUAUAUGAUUCGAUUAAAUUCGAUAACCCAGAUGUGUAUUUGACACAGACGAUUGACAUUUUGAUUGACGUGAUUAAAGAAAAUCAAUUCAAAGCGCAUGCCUUUGUCGUGUAAAAUUGAACAAGCACCUGAACCGGAACUUUUGACAAUUCAGCAUGAUAUCCAGAGUGCAAAGGUGUUUCUUAAGAGACAUAGUACAGAUUCUGGAGAUAAUUUAUAUGAUCACUUGUCUGAACUUUUGGAGAAAAUUAUUUCCGAACAACCCCAAAACGCAGUUGAUUUUUUUGAAGAAUAUAGUCGUCAAUUAAAAGAAAACAGAUUUAAAAAACCUUCUGACAUUCAACAAGUUUAUAUCCCACCAAUUGAAUACAUCGAAACAACAAAACUUUUAAAACUUUUUAAAACCAAUAAAAAAGUAAAUAUGAAAGAUCAUGAUGAAGUGACGGAAAAUUCGAUUCCCAAUUUAUUAGAGUUAGUUUAUUAUUUAGAACAAAUUGGCGUUGGUCUCCCAAAAUCGGAAUGUAUUUCAUUGAACCUCAGUAUUCGACAACUUGUUAAUGACAAAGAACUAACUAAUGUUCGAUUCUGGGGUAAGAUUCUUGGAAGUCCGAAGAACUACUGCAUUGUUGAGGCAGAACUUUAUAAGAAAGAGCUUUCUCGUCGACUGAGAGAAGAAGCUGAUGAAAACCUAAAAAUUGGAGAAGAAAAAAUUGAAGCUAUUAAAGAGUUAAAUGAAAAUAAUGAAAAUAGUAUCAGUAGUGUUCUUGGAAAUCUUAGUGAUGAUAAGAAUAAAUUUAAUAAGCUCAAUUUUCCUAUUCCACCAUUACCUAAAAGUGGCGAUAGAAUUAUAGUACCGGAAACGACAGCUGAAAGGAUUGGAACUGGUUCGAAUAAAAAGGUUUACUUUGUGUGCAAUUCUCCAGGAUUAGAUGACUGGAUCGAAUUGCCAUCAGUCACGCCGCAACAAAUUGUAGUAGCAAGACAAAUCAUCCGGCAUUUCACGGGAUGUCUCGAGACUACGAUACAACAAACUUUCCCUUAUUUUCCUGGAAAUGAAGGAAAUUAUCUUCGUGCUCAGAUUGCACGAAUUACUGCAACUACACUUAUUUCUCCUAUUGGAUACUUCACAUUUGAAAAUUUUGAUGAAAGUGAUAAAGAAGAAAUGAAAGAAGAAUUAACCAUGAAUCCAAAUUAUAAUCCAUUAUCUACGAAAGAUUUAAUUGAUCCAUCUUUAUUACAUUGGUGUCAUCACAGUCCUUAUAUUUAUAAAAGUGGACAAACGACUUGGAAGAAUUUUUCUAAACAGAAAGAAAAGUUAAGUGAAGAAAAAGAGAGAAAAGGCGACGGAGCUGUGAAAAAAGUCAAAAAUAAAAUGAAGAAUAAAGUAGGUCCAUCAUUAUUAACAUCAUUAUCAGAAGACACUUUGUUAGAUGCAGUGCCACCAUGGACUACUAGGGUGUCAUCUGAAAUUCAACUGGACACAGCAAUUGCUACUGUCAGAUCUAAUUUAUGGCCGGGAGCUAUUGCAUUUGCCAAGGACAAGAUAUGUGGCAAUGUGUAUAUUGGAUCGGGGCAUAAACAUGACGUUUGUGAUUAUUGCUCACUAAAAAUUCCACUUAUGCAAGAUCAAUAUGAAAUAGGUCCGGAAAUUAUGGAAGCACAAGAUCCUACUUUUGAAGAUGAAGAAAAUUAUUGCGCAUCUCAAUUACCGAUAUCGGAAAAUCCAAAUUUAGAACAAAAAUCGGAUAAACAAGAAGAGGAAGAUGAUAAUGAUGAUGAUGAUGAUGAUGAUGAUGAAGGGGAGGAGGAAGAUGAGAAAGAAGAAGAAGAGGAGAAGGAGGAAGACGAUGACGAUGACGAUGACGAUGACGAUGACGAUGACGAAGACGAAGAUGAUGAUACAGAAGAAGAAAGUGAUUAGAAAAAAAAAAAUCCAACAAAUUCAAUCCGUUCUUCAUCUGUAUUUAUAAUUUAAUAAUUAUUAUACAAUUAUAAUUGGAGUUUAUUAAUAAAAAAUUUAGAACAAUCAUUCAUUAUCACUACGGUUGCAUCGUAGUCUCUU